GCCAUUUUCUCGACCAAAACCUCAUUUUGCUUCUGAAUUAAGAGAGAUGGAGUUACUUACGCAAUCAUUUCACAUGAACAAGGCCGUUGACGAAACUAGUUAUGCAAAGAACUCGAGUAUUCAGAGCAAGAUAAUAUCCGUCACAAAGAGUGUUACUGAGGAAGCCAUACUUGAAGUAUUGUGCAAAAACUUUCCGGAGAGCAUGGGCAUCGCCGACUUGGGUUGCUCGUCCGGACCGAACGUUCUAUCAGUGAUCUCAAAUAUAACAAAUAUCAUAUAUGCCAAAUGCUGCCGAUCGGGACUUCCCAAGCCGCCGGAGCUUAGAAUCUUCCUCAAUGAUCUUUAUAACAAUGAUUUCAACGACAUCUUUGCCUCACUCCCAGAUUUCUACGACGAAAUGAAGGAAGUGAACGGUAAUAGUUUUGGGCCGUGUUUAAUUUUCGGUGUGCCGGGUUCUUUCUACGGUAGGUUGUUUCCGAGCAACAGCUUGCAUUUUGUGCAUUCUUCUUCCAGCCUCCACUGGCUCUCUCAGGUUCCUCCUGAGCUGGACGGCACCGCCAUAAACAAAGGGCAUAUUUACAUAUGUGAGAGCAGCCCACAAAGCGUCUUAGAUUCAUACUAUCGGCAAUUCCAGAAGGAUUUUUCUCUGUUUCUAAAAUCACGUUCGGAAGAAAUUGUUCCGGGAGGACGCAUGGUCUUAACGUUCAUGGGCAGGAGAUUUAUGGAUCCCACCAUCGAAGAAGGUUGUUAUAAUCAUUUGGACCUUCUUGCACAAGCAUUGAUGAGCAUCGCGGCGGAGGGUCUUAUACCAGAGGAAAAAGUUGAUAUUUUCAACACCCAGUACUAUGCUCCAUGUCCUGAAGAAAUAAAAUUAGAGAUAAAAAAAGAAGGGUCAUUCGUGCUGAAUCGCCUUGAAGUUUUUGAGAUUGAUUGGGACGGAGGCGCGGUGGAGGCCCCUAACACAGUAUCAAUCGGGCGGCGAGUGGCGAAGUUGGUGAGAGCUGUGAUUGAGUCAACGCUAGAAUCACAGUUUGGAAGUGACAUAAUGGAUUAUUUGUUUCAUAGGUAUGAAAAGAUUCUGGACAAUCACUUGUCGAAGACUCGAUCAAAGUACAUAAACUUGGUCGUUUCCGUUACAAAAAAGUCACAGGGCUUAGGAAAUUAAUUAA